AUGGAUCUCUCGGACCUAGAAUUCCUCGAGCAGUCGUCCAACAUCCCCCACGAGGCCUUUCUCCAGAACCCCGCCCUCUUCUACGAGGGCCUCGACCAGGAUUUUGAAGACUACGAAGACUACGAAGACCACCAAGACUACGACGACGACGAUUUGGACGACCCCUUCGCCUCCUACUACCUCGACGACGACGACGGCGAGGACGACGAGGACGAGGACGACGAUCUGGCCCGAGAACUCUUUGGAGAGCCGUCGGGCACCGACGACAGCCAGACCGACGACGCUUCCCUCGCCUCGCCGCGCACCUCUUCCUCCUCCUUCUCGGCCCCCUCGCGGUCAAGCCAAACCCAGAGACAUCACCAGAGCCGGAGGGACCCCUCGUCCUCCCAUCGGCAGUCCGACCCGGUUCUCGAGAGCCAGGACCCCGCCUCUGGACUCCCUCCUCUCCACCCACAGCCCUUUCCCGAAGACCCGCUCGACCAGCACUUCCUGCGCCUUCAGCGCGUCACCAACUCUCUCAUCUCCUCCUCUCCCGGACGCAACUCCCCGCGCCUCGACUCUCUUCGGCGGCGGAUCGACCAGCACUUCGAUGGGCGUGUGACCGGCCAGACUGCCAGGACGGGAUCGCAAGCGGACAGGAGUGGAGAGCAGGACUUGGCCGGUCGCCUUCGCCAGUCGAUGGAUGAACGGAGAGCCACCGCGAGGAGGCGGAACCACGACCAGUUCAUCGACGACGAACUCGUCGAGAUGGAGGUCGCGCAGCCGCGCCGGCCGUGGCAGCCCAUCCAGGACGCCCCCGGCAGACAAACCGUCAUCGAUCUGACCGACGAGCCUGACAGUCCCGUCCAGAGCCAGAGGCCUCUGCCUCGACCUGGCCAGGCAGCGGCGGCAUCGGCCGCCGCCACAGGCUCUCGAAACCCCCGGAGGCAGGCGUCGCAGCGAAGACAGACUCCGGCUUUCACCCGCAGUGACGGUAGCAUAUUGGGAGCAGGCGGUUCCGGCGCAGGUGCAGGUUCCGGUGCAGGUUCCGGUGCAGGCGCAGGCGCGGGUGCAGGAGGUCCAGGUGCGGUGCCGGCUGACUUCAUUGAUCUCACCGAGGAUUCACCAGACGAGGCUAGGAACCCCUCGCAACCCCGCCCGCGUCGAGCUCAGGAUGCCGCCCUACGCGAUGCUGCUGUGGACACCGAGGUGGCAAUCAUGGGCGUGUUUGCUCGCCUGAACAACGAGCUGCCUUUUGGCAACCUCAGUCCCUUUGGCAGCCCGUUUGGUCGCCUUUUCAACCUCCUACCCCGCUCAAAUUCCGAACGCAGACGAGCCAACAACCCACCAGAUAUCGAAGUGCAAAUUAUCGGCCAUCAACAAGGCCCAUUUGCAGCAGCCAUGGACAACCCUCUCGCAGGCAACCCUGUCCAUUUCGACUACCAAGCCCUCGGCUUUGGCAACAACCACCAUCAUGCGCAGCCUCCCAAGCCCCCGCAUGUGCCGCCGCCGCCGCCUCGUGAAGGCUUCACGCGCGACACCGGUCCCGACACGGUCGUCAUUUGCCCUAGCUGCGACGAGGAGUUGAAGUACGAUCCCGAGGAGAACAACGAGGAUGGUCCCCCUUCCAAGAAGGCACGCACCAAGAAAGAUAGAGAAGAGCAUCACUUUUGGGCUGUGCCUGCAUGUGGUCACGUUUACUGCCGUCGCUGUUACGAGAACCGCCGCAACUGCAUCCCACCCAAGAAGGCCAAGGCGCCCGAGGCCUUGCCCAAGGUCGGCUUCCGACCUGGUGCCAAACCCAACCAAGUCCUUUGCGCUGUCGAGGACUGCGACUCCGAUGUCUCGACAAAGAAGCAUUGGGUGGGAAUCUUCCUGUGA